AUGCGGUCAAGGAAGUCAACGGCCAUGCUGUAUCCCACGUGGAGAAUGCCACCUCCCGCAAUGCGCUUCGUUGUCGGUGAACGCACCUCCAAUGGCACCGGGUGCCGUUACGUGCCAAGCGUCGCAGGUCCGGGAUCCGAUCGCGGAUCGCUGGGGUCGAAAUCCCAACCCGGUCUCCCGGCGCGCCCCCCGGCCCCAGUCGGGCGUCGUCCGCCUCAGACGUCAACUCGAGAGAAAGAGCGUGGAUGGGGCUAUCAGAUCGGCUGGCGCGGAUGCAAAAUCAAAUCCCCCCGGUUGGUAGUGAUCCUUGAUCGCGUUAUCACCUCCGCUUCCUCCAGAUCUCGAGAACCUUCAAUACCCAACACUUCAUCACUUGUAUCACGCACUUCGAUCACCGUCGCCAUGGACCAAGUCAAGCCCAAGCAGGCCCAGCCUCAGAAGCCAACCACCAAGCCGCUCAGCAUGGUCGAGACUUAUCAACGACAAUGGGACCAACUCAUGGAAGACACCAACAAGCAAAUCGACAAGAUCCGCCAGGAAGAGCAAGCCAGAAACUCUAAACAGUCCACUCGAUAA